CCGUCGGUCUCGCGGCCGCUGCGUCCACACGGCGGAGCGCCCCCACCCCCCGUUUCACCGUCCGGUUUCUGCUUCGGUGCCGCGAGUUCAGUUGGAGUGCAACGCGCGGCGCACUGCCCACCGCUGGGCCGGCGUUUUUCUGGAAACUCAGCCGCCACAAAAUGGACUGAAGUCCAAAGAAAGAAAGAAAGAGAGAAAAGGGAAAAACAACUCAGGAAAGUCUGGACACGCGGGCAGAAGUGGGCAGAAGUGAAGGAAACUCAUCAUCUCCGCACAAAGCGGUUCCAGGGGUGUCGGUGACCGUUGCUGUCCGUUAUGGAGGAAGAAGACGGGCAUCUGGAGAACGGCAUCCACGCCGGCAGGGACUCGGACCGGCUGCAGCGGCUCAGACUUUGCGUUUUAAACGAGAUAUUGAACACCGAGAGGGAUUACGUCCGGACUCUGCUCUUCCUUCAGUCGGGCUUUCUACACAGAAUCCGACAAACUGCGGAUGACCAGCAGUGUCUCACACCCGAGCAUGUCAAGGUUUUGUUUUCUAACAUCGAGGACAUCCUCGAGUUGCACAAAGAGGUGUUGUCAGCUGUGGAGGCGAACCUGCAGCCCGAGCCCCAGCCCCAGCAUGCACUGGGACACGUUUUCCUGCAGUUUAAGGGGAGUUUCUCUGUGUAUGGGGAGUACUGCAGUAACCACGAAAAGGCCUUACGACUUCUGAUGGAGCUCAACAAGAUCCCCAACAUCAGAACAUUCCUAUUGCACUGUAUGCUGUUGGGAGGGAAGAAAAGCACAGAUAUUCCCCUGGAGGGCUACCUUCUGACUCCUAUUCAGAGAAUCUGCAAGUACCCCCUACUACUGAAGGAGCUGCUGAAGCGCACCCCAAAAAAGCACAGCGACUAUCCAGCAGUGGAGGAGGCCCUGCAGGCCAUGAAGGCAGUCUGCUCCAACAUCAAUGAGACCAAGAGGCAGAUGGAGAAACUAGAGGCCUUGGAGCAGCUACAGUCCCACAUUGAGGGCUGGGAGGGUACUAACCUGACAGACAUCUGCACAGAGCUGCUCCUUCACGGAAACCUCCUGAAGAUUUCGGCCGGCAACAUCCAGGAGCGGGUCUUCUUUCUGUUCGACAACCUCCUCGUCUACUGCAAGAGAAAGUCCAGGGUCUCUGGAAAGAAGUCUGUCAAGAGGACCAAGUCGAUCAACGGUCCUCUCUAUGUCUUCAGGGGCCGGAUCAACACGGAGGUGAUGGAGGUGGAAAACGUGGAAGACGGAACAGCGGACUACCACAGCAACAACUACACAGUGACUAACGGCUGGAAGAUCCACAACACGGCGAAAAACAAAUGGUUUGUCUGCAUGGCCAAGAACACCGAGGACAAGCAGAAGUGGCUGGAUGCCAUCCUGAGGGAGAGGGAGCAGAGAGAGAGUCUCAAACUGGGGAUGGAACGGGACGCAUAUGUGAUGAUUGCGGAGAAGGGGGAGAAGCUCUACCAUAUGAUGAUGACUAAGAGCCGGCACCUGAUCAAGGACCGACGCCGAAAGCUCAGCAUUGUUCCUAAGUGCUUCAUGGGAAACGAGUUUGUGUCAUGGCUGAUAGAGAGCGGAGAGAUCAGCAAACCGGAUGAGGGGGUGAACCUGGGGCAGGCCCUGCUGGAGAACGGCAUCAUUCACCACGUGUCAGACAAGCACCAGUUCAAGAAUGAGCAGGUGUUAUACCGCUUCCGCUACGAUGACGGCACCUACAAGGCCCGCAGUGAGAUGGAAGACAUCAUGUCUAAGGGCGUCAGACUGUAUUGCCGCCUGCACAGCCUCCACACGCCCGUCAUCAAGGACCGAGACCACCACCUGAAAACCUUCAAAUCGGUGGUGCCUGCCAGCAAAUUGGUGGACUGGCUUCUGUCACAGGGAGACUGCUCCACCCGUGAGGAUGCAGUGAUGCUGGGGGUGGGGCUCUGCAACAACGGCUUCAUGCACCACGUCUUGGAGAAGAGCGAGUUCAAGGACGAGUCCCAGUUCUUCCGUUUCUACGCUGACGAGGAGACCGAAGGCACGAGCACCAAGUGCAAGCAGCUGCAGCGCAACGACUUCAAGCUCAUCGAGAACAUCCUGGCCAAGUCCCUGGUGGUCCACCCCGAGGAGGAAGGCUACGGCUUUGAGAUCGAGGAGAAGAACAAAGCCAUUGUGGUCAAAUCUGUCACCAGGGGCUCGCAUGCCGAGAUGGCCGGCCUGCAUGUGGGCAGGAAGAUCUACACCAUCAACGAGGACCUGCUGUUCCUCAGACCCUUCUCCGAGGUCGAGGCCAUGGUCAGCCAGUCCUUCUGCAUACGCCGCUCCCUCCGCCUGAUGGUGGCCACCAAGGCCAAGGAGAUGGUGAAGAUCCCCGACAACCCAAACAGCUUGUCGUUCAGACUAAGUGGCUCCACCCCUCCCCACGUCCACGCAGUAAAGAAAGGCUGCGAUGCAGCGGGGGCGGGGCUUCAGCCCGGGCAGGUCAUCCAGAAGGUCAAUGGCAACAACGUCAGCCACGGCGACUAUGUGGAGGUGCUGGAGCACUUCACAGCACAGCACACGCACCAGGAGGAGCCCGACACGUAUCAGUGGGUGUACCGUGCGUUUGAGGAUGUGGAGGAACAGCAACAAGAAGGGGGUAAGGAUGAGGAGAGUGCCUUCAGCCCUUACCCAGUUGAGAAUGGGUCUGACCACGAGGAGCAGAAUGGCACCAAUGGAACAGACUACAAGUUGGGCAGGCUUUCGGUAUCUGACGAGAUGCCGCUAGUGAGUCUGACUGUGGACAAUGUUCACCUGGAACAUGGUGUGGUCUAUGAGUAUGUAAGCACUGCUGGCAUCAGGAGCCACGUCCUGGAAAAGAUGGUGGAGCCCAAAGGCUGCUUCAGCCUCAGUGCCAAGAUUCUGGAGGCGUUUGUCAGCGAUGAUGUCCACUUUGUGCAGAACUGCAGCCAGCUCAUCUCCCAGAGCGAUCGCGUGGUGUCAAUGCCCCAGUAUGAGUUCAGACAAAUCUGUGACACCAAGCUGGAAAGCAUCCGGUGGCGCAUCAGCAGCUACCAGCAGUUUGCCCUGGAACUGAAGAAUAAAGCGUGGCCCACCUUUAAGCAAGCCGGCGUGCGCCCUCACCCGCUGGGCUGCAUGGACUUCGUGCCCACCAACUGCCACAUCAACCUGAUGCAGGUCUCCUACCCGAAGAGCACCACCACAGCGGGCAGGACCUUCAGCAUCCGCUUUGGGCGCAAGAACUCCUUCUUUGGUCUGGACCCUGACCAAGCCAACCUGAACCCCAUGUCGCACACUCAGCACUGUUUGACCAGCAUGGGCGCCCCGUCCUGGACCUGCAGCAGCCUGGAAGGGGAGGAGCUAGACGGUGAGGCGGAGGAGAGAGUGGAUGGCAGGGAGGGGUUGACGGACAAUAAACGGGGUCCCCACGGGGAAGGCGGGUUGAGUCACCUGCUCAGACAGGAAGACACCGAGACCCAGGACGCCUAUAUUCGCCUGUACAGCCGCCUGGACGUUGCCGUGAGGGAGAUGAGGCAAUACGUUGCCCAGAUCGACGUUUUGUUGUCAUCCAUCACGGAGCCCACCCAGACCCAAGGGGAGGGGGAUGAGCCUCCGGUGUACGAGGCCAGCCAGCCGCCCCCUCUGGCUCCCUGUGACGAGGGCUGUGACCAGGACAGGACAGAACACGGAGGCAUCAAGAGGGUCUGCUUCAAGGUGAACGAGGAGGACCAGGAGGACUCUGGCCACGACACCAUGAGCUACAGGGAUUCCUACAGUGAAUGCAACAGCAACAGAGAUUCGGUCCUGUCCUACACCAGCGUGCGGAGCAACAGUUCAUACCUGGGGAGCGACGAGAUGGGGUCAGGGGACGAAUUGCCGUGUGACAUGAGGAUUCCCUCGGACAAGCAGGACAAGCUGCACGGUUGCCUUGAGCACCUUUUCAAUCAGGUGGACUCCAUCAACAGUCUUCUCAAGGGCCCCGUCAUGACCAAGGCCUGUGAUGAGACCAAGCACUUUCACCCUGACCACAGCCAGCCAGAGUUCCGCCACACGGAGGACUGGACGCUUCGCUGUCGCCACAUCAUCCACAAGAACAUCCAGGAGGACCCUUGGAACCUGCCCAGCUCCAUCAAGACUCUGGUGGAGAGCCUUCAGAAAUUUGUGGAUGAUGGAAAGAACCAGCUUCUUCUGGCUCUGCUGAAGUGCACAGACACGUCUCUCCAGCUGCGGCGUGACGUGAUCUUCUGCCAGGCGGCGACAGGUGCCCUGUGCACGUUGGCUGAGCAGUUGCUGGCAGCCCUACGGGCGCGCUUCAACAAUUCCGGCGAGUACCAGGAGGACAGCAAGGAGAUCAGCCGCAAGUGGCUGGAGCAGAUCUCUGUUAUCGGCGUGCUGCUGCAUUUCCAGUCCACGCUGGCGCCGCACCAGAAGGAGGAGCGCACCAUGCUGGAGGACACCAAAGCUGCCCUGUCGGAUCUAGACAAAGUCACUGUGUUCUUCAGGCAACUGGAGGACGAGUGUCUCAUUGCAAACACGCCAGUGUGCUACCAAGUGGAGGGCAGCCGACAGGCGCUGAGGGUCACCCUGUACCUGGACAGCUGUCACUUCAACGAGCUGCCCAGCCGGCUGCAGAACGGAGGCAGCCUCAAGCUCCACACCGUCCUCUUCACCAGAGCCUUGGAUCGACCAGAGGGAGUGUCCCAGCAGGACCACAUAGCCAUGGAGGAGUUCCAGCAGCGCACCAACGCUGUCUCUCUGGAGAGGGUCAAGGCCUAUUACCGUAGACUCAGGGCUUUCUAUUUAGAGAAAUCUAAUCUUCCCACGGACUCCAAUACUACAGCGAUGAAGAUUGACCAGCUUUUGCGUCCCCUCAACACCCUGGAAGACCUUUGCCGGCUGAUGCAGUCCUACGUCAACGUGCGCCCCGGCGCCCAGGGCCACCCGUCGGGAGUCAGUGUGCUGUGUGUGUCUUCAGAGCUGUGCAACCGCCUGGGAGCAUGCCACAUCACCAUGUGUGGCACCGGCAUGCAGAGAUGUACACUAACUGUGACUCUUGAGCAAGCCAUGAUUCUGGCAAGAAACCACGGCCUCAUGCCUCGUUGCAUCAUGCAAACCAUGGACAUCAUGCGCAAACAGGGGACAAGAGUGGAGCUUUCUGCUAAAAAUCUCAAGGUGAUGGACCAGAUGCCCCCCGCAGCCCCCAGGCUGUUCAAGCUGUGUUUGCCGCCCUCAGACGGUGAGCUGUGAGGGAAGCGUUGCUUCAGUAUCACCGCACAACCCUUUCUUACCUACUUAACAAUCAGGACCCAUUUAGGAGAGGUCACAAGUGAAAAGGAAAACGAGAUGAAGGAGAACGAGUGAGGACAGGCGGCGUUGUCGGGACUUUUCAUUAGAGGGAUACUGAUGAUGCAGAGACCCGUGCAGCCUCCGGCACCCCCAGCUCGAUGCGGAGCAGUUCAACACAGACGCACCGGAGUCUUCUACACAGCCGACAGACUGUGGCAUUCGGCUGUACAUGUCCGGUCUUACUGUCAAGCCCCUCGGGUAGAAACGAGUGUUAGGGAUGUUACUAACUCAAUAACCCGUCAGUGCCCCGGCGAGGGGAGUGUUUGAAAACGUUUUGAACAUGAGAAUACAGAAUAGAAUACACUUUAUUAGUCGUUUUUGUACAUACAUACAGAGAAAUUCACCCUGCAUUUAACCCAUCCUAGCUGUGUAGUGAGGAGCAGUGUGCAGCUGCAGCACCCGGGGACCAACUCCAGUUCUUUUUCCUAUUGCCUUGCUCAGGGGCACAGACAGGAAUAUCAACCAUAACAUACAGGACUUUUUGAUGGUGGGAGGAAACGCACCCUGACACGGGGGAGAAAGUGCAAACCAACACAGAAAGGACCUAGGACGGCCUGGGGUUUGAACCCAGGACCGUCUUGCUGUGGGGGCAACAGUGCUAACCACUGGGCUGCCGUGCCGCAUAACCAUGUUUAAGGACCGGUUUGAGGACCCCCGCAAAGACAGCCACGUGGCUCAUUGCUCAUCGCAGAGCUGUUAUUAACUGGAUUAAUAGAACUACCUGUCGCUGACUUUCAUCCAGGAUGCAAAUGUUGUUGACUUUGCCUCGGACUGCAACUCUACAAUACUCUAAGCUGUCUCGUUGUCACGUCGGGGCUGGUGUCCCCCCCCCCCCGGGGCUCAACGUUGGGUCUAGAAUUAAAAUAUAACACCCCGACUAACCCCAGGUGUUCACGCUGGGUGACCGAUUUGACAUAAUUAGUCAGAGAAAGUGAAUGAAUAGUUAGAGGGAUGGAAGUAGGGAUCGAGGGAUUGGAUGAAGAGGAUGGAUGGUAGGAGGCUGCGCUCGCCUCGGCCCCAUUGCAUGUGGUAUAUGUGCAAUUACUGUAGGUUAAGUGUAUGUACUGUAUUGCUGCACUAUAUGAAGGAUUGUUAUUUAUUGCAUUGAGAAGGAGCAUUAUUAUUCCUCACUCAUAUCAGGUAUUAAGGAUUUUAAAAGCAUUCCAGCCUACAUAUUGAACAAUAUUUAAAGGACCAAUGGUUUGAUUUUUUUUUUUUUUUGACGCAGUUGCCUUUAUGUUUGCUCUAUUUACCUCCAUAAAGUCAGAUUAUGUUGGUGAGUGUUCAGCUUCAGGGAGUCCAAGGGAGAAAAGAAUGAUAGAAGAUGGCUUAUCAGAAUCAGGGAAGGGAAGCUAAAGCUAACCGCGGCGUGCUGUUUUAGCGUGCGCCCGCAGGCGGCCGGAAUGUCGAAUAAUUUGUUAAAUUAUUAAUAUAUUAGCUAAAUGAUCGUACUAGCUGAAGGAUUUGCCUGCUGCCUGUUCAAACGCGUUGUCGUUUCCGCAGGUCGCGUUUGGUUUCGAGGAAGAUCUUAAGCUGUCUCAAGACCGCCGCGUGCGGGCGGGCGGGCGUUGGCGCAAGCACAGCGAUUCGUCCACUAAAGCUGCGGUAUUGGCAGAAGUGCUUUAGGGGGCCGACACAAGCAAAGGGAACAUUCGAGGGGUCGCGGUAACAUUAUUUUACUGAAGAUUUUAUUUUCUUGUACAUACAAACUGUAACAUGUCCGCCAGAGGAGAGAAGGAAAAAAAACGUGGUUUAUGUCUCACAAGAUGCUAUAAUUUAAAUUUGAUUGUUUUUUAUGGAGAUAACAUUUUAGAUUCUUUUUGUGUUCAUAGCUGUAUAUCCGAGGAGAAGCGAGUUUCUCUCCACCAGGCGUAAUCUCACUGACAGGGAGGCGGAUGUCGUGACCUGCGCGUGUCCGAGUGCGUCAGACGAAGCCGUGCGUUCUGCAGACGGACCGCUCGGCCGUCUUCUUCUAUUUAUUGAAAGGCUCCUCUCAGGUCCCACAUGAGCAGGCUGCGACGGUCUGCACACUCUCCCUACAGUGCUAGCACGGCUGCUAUGAAUGGGGUGAAGGUCCCCCCCCGUCAGAUCUGAUCCAAGCUCCCCCGUCACAUCUGGUCCCUCCAGGUGGCGUACAGAUCUGUGAUCAUCUCUCUACUGUUGCCAUGGUUACCGUUUCUCACACCGGCAACUCUUCUUAACAGUAGCGGUGUGACGCUGUCUUGCCCGAGAGUGCAGCGUCAACUGUACUCAUAACCUGGUCUUGUUUCUCCUUAUCUUUUUUUUCUUGGAUUCCCCCCCCCCUUUUCCUCCCCAGUUGGAAUUACCCCACUCUUCCGAGCCGUCCGGGUCGCUGCUCCGGCCCCCCCCACCCCCACCCCGCCGAUCCGGGGAGGGCUGCAGACUACCACAUGCCUCCUCCGAUACAUGUGGAGUCGCCAGCCGCUUCUUUUCACCUGACAGUGAGGAGUUUCACCAGGGGGACGUAGCGCGUGGGAGGAUCACGCUGCCCCCCCUCCCCCAAACAGGCGCCCCAACCGACCAGAGGAGGUGCUAGUGCAGCGACCAGGACACACGCCCACAUCCGGCUUCCCACCCGCAGACACGGCCAAUUGUGUCUGUAGGGACGCCCGACCAAGCCGGAGGCAACACGGGGACUCGAACCAGCGAUCCCCGUGUCGGUAGGCGAUGGAAUAGACCCGCCACACCACCCGGACGCCUUCGUUUCUCCUCGUCUUUAAACCGUUUUCCUUUUAGCUAAUGAUUGCAGUAUGUUGGUCUACCUGUAAAACCAAUAUGUCAAUGAUUACUCAUCUAUUUACAUUAUUCUAAUGUUUCAUUACUGUACAUACUUUAUUUGCAAUGUUACGUUGCUUGAAUAUAACUGUACAAAGGAUUUUUUUUCAGUCUUUCUAAAUGUAUCAUUGUAUAAAUGGAUCCUUAACAAGCUAGUAAAUAAAACGUUGAC